UUUUGAUACAAAUCGCUAAUCCUGUUCAUACAUGCCAUAUUAGUACCUGGAUGAUUUGAGAAUCAACAGAAUAUGAAUUUACAAGAAGAUUUCCAUACUACAUUAGUCAAGGUUGGAAACCAACUUGAUGAAGAAGAUUUAGAAAAACUGAAGUUUCUAGUAAGCGAGAAAGAUGUAAAUAGAGUUGAACUUGAUAGAGCAAAAUCCGGAUGUCAAUUUUUUGAACUACUGGAAAAGAAUGGUAUAAUUGACCAAAACAAUACUGAACAACUAAAGGAUUGGUUAAACACACUACAAAAUGCAAAGGCUUUACAAAUAUUACAGAACUUUCAUCCAAAGGAAGAACGUUCAUCUAGUAAAAAUCAAGGUCCCUCCAAUAUCAGCUCUUCGAAGAUAGUCACGCAUUUUAAGUCUACAAAAAAAUUGGAAGAGUUGAAAGACGCCAUUGAUAGAACAAGUACAAAUUUUGUCACUCUUAAAGGAUUGCUCGGUUCGGGGAAAUCACAAAUGGCAUUAAAAUAUGGCUGCGAAUUCAAGAAACAAAACAAGUCUAGUAUUGUGUGGAAACUUAAUUGCAAAGAUGUGACAUCGUUGCAGACCUCCCUAAAAGAUUUUUGUACCGGACUUGACAUACAAAUAAAAAUGGAUGAAAGCAAACAAACUGAAGCGUCCAUUGAAGAUCUAGGACAAAACAUUCUUCGCAUACUUAUAUCGAAAAACAAUGCAAUUCAUUUACUCAUUUUAGACGAUGUGGUUGAAGUGUCGUGCAGGUGUCUUCAGUCGUUUAUACAAGAAUGUAGAUCCUGCCAGCAUAUAAAAAUUAUAGUUACUACAUUCCAACCUUUAUUCAAUGAUUGUAAAAUUAUCGAAAUAAAUGGGUUUACUGAGAAUGAAGCCGUUGAUUUCCUUUCCGAAGAAAAGAAGCUGUCAGAGAAAGUUAUUGAGGAAUACAUCAAACUUGGUUCUAAGUACAGUUUCCUCCCUUUGGGUCUUUAUUGUGCCAGAACAUACAUGAAUCACUCACAUAUUUCGCCAAAAACAUUAAACAAACUUUGCGAAACUAAGGCACUACGACAAAUAGAAGACAGUCACUGUAUAGCAGACGAUCCUUCAGUGUUAAACAAUAAAACCCUUUUUAAAGCACUUAUUCAGUUCAUAGAUAUUCUCGAAAAUACGGAAAAUUUAAAAGUUUUUGACAUGAUACUUAGUCUUCAGUUCCUUGAAAUUGAAGAAAUUCCUGUACUGCUUUAUGAUUUCUUUGUGUCUGAAAGUCCUGACACAGGUCAUGCGGUAGAAACUAACAAUUUCAUUCAAGCAUUACAAAAGUUUUCCUUUGGCAAAAUUGAAGGAGUGGACGAUGAGAGAGUUCUUAGUACCCAUUACGCAGUAGUAAGCGCGCUAAAAAUAUUUUCGGAGCAACAGAAAUCAAAUCAUUGCCAUACGAAAUUUCAAACAAGGGAAAAGAAUUUAUUGAAGCAAUUAUUGCGAGCAUUCAUGUAUGUCAUGGACAAAGAUAAUAGGAGUAAAAUGGAUUUCAAAAGGAAUAAAAUGAUGGUUCAACAUGCAAGAUCAGCCCUAAUACAUGCUGACGAAUUAUUUAAGAAAGACCAGACAUUACGGCACGACCUGGAAUUUCUUAUGUCUGUAAUAUACGUGCAUGACUUGGUUGGAUAUACCUACAAUUUCGCUGGUAUUUUGAAUGUUGCUGCACAUCAUUCGGACAUGGCAAAAUCAUAUUGCUUUGUUCUAUUGAAUGUGGACCAUGCAGCUUUUGAAAAUGAUUUAAAGGACAACUGUGGGCGAGUGGAAAGUAUUGACCAGCUAGACAGGUUUUGUAAAGAAAAAACUCAACAUUUAUUUGAUGGAAUGAAAUGUAUGGCUUCAGACAAUGCCGCUAAACUUGAAAAUUUUGCGAAAAGCUAUAUUCUUGAAAAACACCGAGCAGAAGAUGAUAUAUUAGCACUUUCUAAAAUAUUAGAAAACGAUCUUGAAAGGGAAACAAGACUAAAUGAAAGCGAGCUCGAAACAUUGUGUCAUAGAGGCUAUGCUGUACCACUAAAGGACAUGCCACAUUUAUUUCUUUAUGAACUCUUAUUGUCUACAUUCUACACACAUGGAAGAAGAAUAUUUUACUUGACAAAACCUGUUGAUUCCAUUAAAGCUAGAAUUUUUUGCAGCUAUUUAUUCAUUUCAUAUCAUCUUGGUCAGAUGUUAACGAGUCAAUUCCCAAAAUGGAAAUCCCUAUAUGCUAUGCUUACAAGUCGCAGUGGAACAUUACAGCAGUGCUUUGAUAAUCAUUCCGAUUUAAAUCAACACAAUAUGGUAGCCUUUCAAAAAGUUGCCAGCCGAUGUGUUAAAAUGCUACAAGAGGAAUGUAGAUAUUUUAUGUUUGGCAUUUUUAAGACUGACACCAGGAAAGAUGAUCAUUUCCAAGCAAUUUGUUUGAAGCAGCUAAUCCGGUGUUAUAAGCACAUGCUACAGUUUGCGCAAAACGAGACAGAACAGAACGAAGUGAUGAUCAAAGGAAAGGAAUGCGUAAGUCGACUGAAACAGUCGCUUCCUUCUAUGGAAGAUAGAACAUUCUUCCCAAGCUUACAGUUCAGCGUUGGUGAAUUUUAUGAGUGUAUAGAAGAUUAUGCCGAAGCCGCAAAAGUUUUCGAGAAGUUGUGCCCAAAAUGCAUCCGUUUUGCAAAUCAAGAGCUUAUCAAUGAAAAGCUUAACAAAUACGAAAAGAAAGCAUCCAUAAUGCUUAUCAAAUGCAAAUGCAAGAAUAAUGAAAUCGAUCUAGCCAAAAAACUGUAUCAUAGACUUACACUGAAUUUGCAGAACACGAAAGAUACGCUUGAACUUCAAACAUUGGAGGAAAUUAAUCAAAAAUAUAAUUUAAAUUAAUCAAAUCUUUGGAAUUUUAGAGUAUGUUCAAAAUUUAGAAAAAAAUGUCUUCAUAUGAAAAGAUUAUAGGAUAAUUGACUGUGUGUACAUGUUAAUGAUUCAUGUAUAUGCAAGUAGGUCUAUCGGAAUGAAUGUUUGAUAUAUAGUCUGACACUAUAAAAAAAUAAAGCAAUAUAGGGAGAGACAUUUUGCGUAACAACAGGUCACUCACAGAUCAUCCUAGUAUAUAUCAAAAGAGUUCAUCCAUGUUAAGAGAGUGCAAGUUUCGAAAUCCGAAGACAGAUUCCCAAAUUUGUCAGAUACAGCUUAUAACCUCGACCUUGUGUCAGAUUUUUCUAAUUUUAUACUUUUGUUCAUUUUAAGUCUUUCAUUGCAAUACAAACUUUAUCGUACUUCUGAUCGUCUCCUUUCCGUUGAUUCAAUGAGAUAUAGCUUGUUUAAACACUAGACAAAAGUGUGUGCAUAAUGUGCUACCGGGGCAUUAAAAGGGGGUAGUGAGUUUUUCUCCCUUUGAUGAAAUUUCGAAUACACUGUGACUGUCUAGAUCUAAUUGGCUUUGAUGCAGCAGCUAAGAGAUUAAAAUAUAUCAAGAAAUACAUUAUUGAGCUUUUUAUCUAUUGUUUAUUAAGUAUAUAUAACUGAAAUAAACCCUUGAGCCUCUGUGUGAUUGGAGAAUUAUCUCAAAAGUAAUUGUUAAUGUUAUAAAUGGGAUUUUGAAUUCUUCAAAAGGUUAUCAUUUGACUGCA